AUGGGGACCGGCCCAGGACCCAUUCACCUGCUGGAGCUGUGUGAGCAGAAGCUCAUGGAGUUUGUGUGCAACGUGGACAACAAGGACAUGGUAUGGCUGGAGGAGAUCGAGGAGGAGGCGGAACGCAUGUUUACCAGAGAAUUCAGCAAAGAGCCCGAGCUGAUGCCCAAAACGCCUUCUCAGAAGAACCGAAGGAAGAAGAGACGGGUGUCUUCUAUUCAGGAUGAGAACAGAGACCCAAUUCGGAAAAGGUUGUCCCGCAGGAGGACGCGGAGCAGCCAGCUGGGCUCCCGGCACCUCCGCAGCAGGGACAAGCUGGAGAAGCUGGCCACGGUGGUCGGAGAAAAUGGCUCCGUCCUGCGGCGGGUGACCCGUGCUACCGCUGCUGCCAUGGCGACCGCACCCUCGGCGGCUCCCUCACCUGCUCCCGAGUCCCCCGCGGCACCGACCAAGAAGCCUGCGAGCAGCCCUGCCCAGAGCGAGCUGGUGCCUUUGGUGGCGAUCGGCGUCGGGGAGCGCCAGAGUGCCGAGCAGCACCUCACCCAGCUCCAGUCUGCCCAGGCUCCGUCGCAGGCUCCUGCCUCUCAGGGUACCCCGGCCUCGCACGGGGACUCGACGCCCAAGAAGUCAGAGGCCGAGAGACUGGAGUCUGUUACUGUGAGCUCCCUGAUGGCGACCCCCCAGGGCCCCAAGGGCCAAGGGGCCGGGGCAGGACGAUCCGCGUCCAAGCUCAGGAUCGCACAGGCCUCCGCCAUCCCGCCCGACUCGCCUGGCUCUCCGGACUCUCCGUGGCAGAAGCGGGUGCUGGCUCCCAUCCUGCCAGAUAACUUCUCCACGCCAGCGGGCUCCCGCCCGAACCUGCGGUCCGUGCGCUGCAGCCUGAUCGCCCCAGGUCCCCAGGCCUUGCUGGCCCAUAAGGACCCCCUGGAGGCUAAGCCAGAGGACGCCGUCCGCAGGUCUAGCAGAAGGAUUGCCAACAAGGCUGCCAGGGAACCCGCUGCCUCCUCCCGUAUCAUCUGUCACAGUUACCUGGAGAGGCUCCUGAAUGUCGAGGUGCCCCAGAAAGUCAUCCCUGAGCAGAGGGAGCCCAGCAAGGAGAAGCCUCUGGCGGCUGCGGAGCUGGAGGUCCCCAAGAACAAAGAGAAGACCUCCUGGCCCCGUGAUGCCACCAAGAUCGCCGUUAGCACAUCUGGCUCACAGCCUGCAGCCAGCGGCCAGGAGUCAUCCUCGGAAAGGCAACAUGAGCCCAAGACUGACCGGACUGACGGGCCCAAGGAGCCACCCCAGAGUGUCAGGAGGAAACGCAGCUACAAGCAGGCAGUGAGUGAGCUGGACGAGGAGCGGCCCCUGGAGGAUGAGGAGCUGCAGCCCCCCAGGAGCAAGACGCCCUCCCCACCCUGUCCAGCCAGCAAGGUGGUACGGCCUCUGCGGACCUUCCUACACACUGUGCAGAAGAACCAGAUGCUCAUGACCCCGACCUCCACAUCCCGCAGCAGCGUCAUGAAGUCCUUCAUCAAACGGAACACUCCCCUGCGCGUCGAUCCCAAGUGCAGCUUUGUCGAGAAGGAGCGGCAGCGCCUGGAGAACCUGCGGCGGAAGGAGGAGGCAGAGCAGCUCCGCAGACAGAAGGUGGAGGAGGACAAGCGGCGGCGGCUGGAGGAGGUGAAGCUAAAGCGCGAGGAGCGCCUCCGCAAGGUGCUGCAGGCCCGGGAGCGGGUGGAGCAGCUGAAGGAGGAGAAGAAGAAGCAGAUUGAGCAGAAGUUUGCUCAGAUCGACGAGAAGACUGAGAAGGCCAAGGAGGAGCGGCUGGCGGAGGAGAAGGCCAAGAAAAAGGCCGCGGCCAAGAAGAUGGAGGAGGUCGAGGCUCGCAGGAAGCAGGAGGAGGAGGCUCGGAGGCUCAAAUGGCUGCAGCAGACUGUUCGCCACGGAGAACGGGAUGCUCAGGAGAAGGCCCUGCGUCUGCAGAAGGAGCGCCUGCAGAGGGAGCUGGAGGAGAAGAAGCACAAGGAAGAGCAGCAGCGCCUGGCCGAGCAGCGGCUGCAGGAGGAACAGGAGAAGAAAGCCAAGGAGGCCGCGGCGUCCAGCAAGGGCCCGAAUGUGACUGCGGACGUGCAGUCUCCAGUUUGUACCUCUUACCAAAUGACUCCACAAGGGCACAGGGGGCCCCCCAAGAUCAACCCAGAUAACUACGGGAUGGAUCUGAACAGCGAUGACUCCACCGAUGACGAGGCCAACCCCCGGAAGCCCAUCCCUGCCUGGGCCAGCGGCACCCAGCUCAGCCAGGCCAUCAUCCACCAGUACUACCACCCUCCAAACCUCCUUGAGCUCUUUGGGACCAUUCUUCCACUGGACUUGGAGGACAUCUUCAAGAAGAGCAAGCCCCGCUACCACAAACGUACCAGUUCUGCCGUCUGGAACUCACCGCCCCUGCAGGGCUCCCGGGUCCCUGGCAGCCUGACCUACAACCUGAAGAAGUACUGA